AUGGUUUCACCCGGGCAGAAUGACUUAUCUUCUGAUAAGAGUCAGAUCGAUCCUUUUGUUAAAAAGCAGAAUGCCAAGUUAACACAGGUAAUUCAGAACUUUUUCAGUAAGUCUGUUCAGAUAGUUCUACAAUCAAGGAUCCAGUCAGAAAGUCAUAAUAAAGAGGAACAGCUCAAGGUAGGAGGUGAUGUUGGAGGUCAUAAUGUAAGCUCAAAAAUCAACAAAUGGUUUAAUUUGCAUAUGUAUAAUGAUAACUUACCCAAAGAAGAGCUUAAGUUAUGGAAGAAUAUAAAUGACGUGUCCCAGAUGCCUCCGAUGAUUAUCGAGGUAUACUUGGAUUUAAGACAAUUGACGGCGAUACAAACUGUGAUAUUACGGGAUGAUAAUGGUAACCCAUGGACAGUGGCGAAGGGAGGUUCAAAAAAGCAUGAAGUUGUACUAGAGAGAUGGCUUAUUGAGUUUGAUGCGAAUACUGUUUCUGGAACUAUAGUAGAUGAAUUGCCAUUGAUAUACAAACAGGCAAUCAUUUUGUUUCGAAGUCUAUAUGGGUACACAAGGCUUAUGCCGACUUUCAAAUUGAAAAAGAACUUAAAUAAGUCGAAUCUAAAUAUAGGGUGUAAGAUUCUUGAUGGUAAACAACCUAUUAGCUCAAAAGGUAGGAUCGGUCUUUCGAAAUCAAUUAUCCCACAUCAAAUGUUAACUACUGAAUCACAUAUGAGCCAUAAACAUUUCUUGCCUAUACAGACCACUUUAGGUACGCUUAAGAUUUCAAUCGCUUAUAGGAACCAUCAUGAAUUUUCUAUUCAUGAUAAUGAAGAAUUAUUAUCCACUCACUUCGUUAAUAUUGAUGAUAAUGACAAAGAUUCUGAAAUCACUCCAGUUGAAAUUGAGUUUAAGGAAGAAUUAAAAAUUGACAGAGAUUCGACUACCAAUGAAAAAGUGAAUGAACCUGAAGAUGAUGAGCUGCAUCAUGCAGACGUUGAAAGUAGCCAAGAACAUUUACAAUCGGAAGAGCCAGAUGAAUCGUUCGAACAAGAUGCUAAACAUAUAAGUGGCUCGCGUAAGAAAUUCUCUAUAUCAAAUAAUGCUUCUAUGUCACUUUCACCAUGUUCAUCAGGUCCCCAAACAGUGACGGAAGAUUCUCCAUCGCAUAAUAAGCCAUCGGCAAAUACAACACCGAUUGUAUCACAGCGUCCAACUAUAAAUCCAUUCAAGGUUGGGUCUAUCAGUACAUCUCCACCAGCAACGACGAAUUUUGGAGGAUCUUCCUUAGAGAGAAAGGUGUCAAUUACGAGCAACAAGUCUGCGUCUAAUGCUUCAUUGGCAGCUAUGUUGAGAAAUCCUAGGAGUAGCACUUCCUCAACCAACACUACUGCAAAUAUCCCUAUUGCGAAUAAUAAUUCUAAUAAUCAAUACAAUUCAACAUUCCCUCGUUCGGUUUCCUCAUCUCAUGGGUCUAAUUUGGCCCAUGAUAAUGAUAACUUACUUGGGUUUUCUAAUCCAGACAAUACUUCCAACACUCCAAGAUUCUCAUCAUCCUUUGGAUCCCGAGCUAGCAGGAGAUUUUCAAAUACAAGUGGUCGUCAAAGCAGUUUGCCAUCUGGUAACAUGAAUGACACGUCGCUUUUAGCUACAAGUGCAGGACUGGCUUCAUCGGAUGCCCCAAUGAGUGGACUCUACAUAGAUGAUGACAUAGGUGAUUUCGUCCGGAUGAUCGACAGCAAAUCUGACCUCAGGUUUUCAGGCUACAAUUCAAAUAAUGAUUCUAAGAUUUCGUAUAACCAGGGUUCAAACAGUCAGAUAGAUGCUUUGAAUAAAUUCCAAAUGCUAAAGAACCAGCAUCAGCAAUUAAGUGACAGUGUGAGUGCCAGUCUAAUCUUACACCAUAACCAACUUAGCGGAAGCAGGCCAUCAAGUAGGAAAUCGUCGCAUUCUAUACACUCUCCUCCCCCUUCGUUACCUUCAGGUUCCUACGAUAAUUCACACUUGCCCUCAAUUAAUUCCAAAUUGAGAGAAAAUAGUAGCACCAGUGGAAAUGAUGAUAAUCUUGCUAGAGAUUCUGGUACUCCAUCUUCGCGAAAGAAUAGCUUUGAUUAUUCGACUAACAGCAACACUACAUUCUUGAAAUCCCCAAUUACGAAUAAGUUAGUAUCAUCCCCGGUAACCUCGACUACACCCAUUCAUUCGUGUUUACAUAAGACAAAUAACGAAUCGGGUGUAAUUUCCGGUUUGGCUACUACCCCUUCCAUCUAUAAUGAUCGCCGUCAAAUUCAUUACGAAAGUGUGUUCGAUGAUGAUGAUGAUGACUAUGCAAACAAUACAGCGGAUAAUCGUGAUCAAGACGAUAGUCUAAAAUUGUACCUUACCAACAAGCUUGCUAAUGCGCCUAAAUCUAACACCAAUUCAAGAAGUCUUAAAUCUUCUACCAACCCCCCAAAUAUUGGUGAAGAUGAUGAUGAUGAUGAUGAUGAUUUAUUAUUUACCAUGAGUGACAUGAAUCUUGCUAAACACUGA